AUGCUACAGAUAAACUUGUACAAAAGUAUGGACUUGAAUAAUUUAUUUAACCCCAAAAGAUAUAAUCUUCAGUGCGUUUGGAGGAUAGCAUGGAAGUCCUUGCAAGGCGCAACUGAAAAUAAUACAUGUGAACAGCUGAUUUUUGAGUCAAAGGUCUUUGUUUAUGAAAGUGUUUAUGAAAAAGGUGCACAAGGUAAAAAGGUUCAAAUCAAGAUGCCGUCGCUUCUAGAAGCUCUGGAGCGCAAAUACGGCGCGAAGGGUGAAGUAAACCCUCCCAUUGAUGACAUGCCGGUGGCCAUAUUCGUUCCUAAACGUUCCCCGAGACUCAGCGUGCCUACCCUAUUGGUGCUCAAUGACUGCGACAUCGACUGUGCAGGUGACGCCUGUGCCCUCGCCGAUAAAUGCGCAGAUGUUGUCGAACUCGACCUAGCUAAUAAUAAACUAACGGAAUGGGAACAUGUUUUCGCAAUACUGGAGCAGACGCCGAGAGUAAGGUUUUUAAACUUAAGCUUCAAUCGCUUAUCAGCCCAAAUUCAAGCAGCACAAGCAUUACAACCACGAUGGGACAGUCUGAGCCAUCUUAUUCUGAAUUCUACUUAUGUCAGAUGGCCAAGUGUCCAUGACUUACUCAAAGCUCUACCAGCUCUAGAGGAGUUGCAUUUGAGCCUUAACGAGUACACUUACGUUGACCUAACUGGGCAAGAGAUCGACAAGAAUGACCAGUGUGGUUCGUGUUCUCGGCUGAAUGUCGACGUGACUGAACCUGUACAUGAGCAGCUAAAGAAACUUCAUUUCUCCGGCAACCAUGUCAGCAGUUGGCGAGAGAUCUCUAAACUUGGCUACGCCUUCCCGAAUUUGGAAACGCUAUUGGUCAAUGACUGUCCUAUAACUACUUUGGAGCCAGAUCCGUGUGAAAAAUGUGGCGAUAAUAAUGGAAAUAAAAAGAGCCACGAUGCCUUUCCACACCUGCGGUUCCUGAAUCUGAACAAUACGGGCUUAGCGACGUGGGAUGAAGUGGAUCGACUGGCACAGUUCCCCGCGCUUAAGAGCUUGCGAGUGCAGGGCUGGCCGUUAUGGGAGCGGUUCGAAUCGACGGAACACGAGCGACGGCUAUUGCUGGUGGCACGAUUGCCGCAUAUAAAAACCUUGAACGGCGGAGGAGCCGUGCCGAUAGAAGAGAGAGAUGCAGCUGAACGGGCUUUUAUCCGAUAUUAUAUGGAGAAGGCUGAGGCUGAUCGGCCUGAUAGGUACUGGGAACUAGUAGGAGUGCAUGGUAAACUGGACCCUUUGGUGUCAGUAGAUCUUCGGCCAGAGAAACGCGUGCAGAUCACGUUCACCUGCGGAGAUGUCAGCGAAGUGCGUACCGUUGACGUGUAUAGAACCGUAUCAGACUUAAAAACAAGGUUGGAACGAUUGGCCGGUUUCCCCGCUUCCAAGAUGAGACUGUUCUAUGUGGACCAGGAGCUUAGGGAUACUCAGCCUUUCCAGGGCCCUGAGGAGAUGAGGUUUCCUACAAAGCGGCUGUACUCCUACAAUAUCCGAUCAGGAGAUGAGAUCAUUAUCGACUCAAAGCUGAGACACUCCGUCUCGGCCAAUGCCACCGCGUGA